CUCGCGGGAGGUUCGCCAGUUCCCCCCAAGCGCAGCGGCGGCCUGACGCCUCCCUAACGGCCCUUAGCCCCGCGACAUGCGGCGUUGACUCCCGCCACCCGACAUUCACCGCCGUAUACAUGGACAACUCCUGCCUCCUCGACCUCCUCAUCAGGUGCUUCGCCAUGACCGAGCCCGAGGAUCUCAACUUCACCGCCUUCACGGACCUGUGUCGCCUCUGCUCGCUCAAGAGCGGUCCCAGACUGCAUAUAUUCGACAAAGAAGCUGAGCAGAGGCAGAUCAUAUUUAAACUUCGAACCUGUCUACCAGCUAUGCAGAUAUCAAAAGACGACUUCCUGCCAAAGAAGAUUUGUGAGCGAUGUAUAACGAGACUGGAACAGCUUUACGAGUGGCGACAAAGUGUCGUCACCACUGACUCAGUGCUAAGAAACUAUGCUGAAUCUAUGAGGAUCGUGACUUCUACUAUUAAUUUCCAGGAUGGCACAGUUAACAUGGACAAAAUGUCAGAAGCACAGAAAACAGCAUAUCUAGAAGCACACGUUGCUGUCCAGCAACAUAUGGCUCAAGCGGCUUCUGCAGCUCGUCGUGAACAACAACAGCAACAACAACAACAGCAGCAACAACAGCAGCAGCAACAACAGCAGCAACAACAACAGCAGCAGCAACCAACACAACAAUCACAGCAACAUCAGCAUCAGCAACAACAGCAACAGCAACAGCAACAGCAACAGCAGCAACAGCAACAGCAACAACAGCAACAGCAACAACAGCAACAACAGCAACAACAUCAACAUCAACAGCAACAGCAACAAAAUAAUAACUCUGCUAAUUCACGGCACCAUCAAGAAAUGCAACAGCAAGCCCAAAAUGCAAGUACGCAUCCAGGCCACCCAUCACCACCGACAGUUAGUUCCACUCAACACCAUUAUACAACCAUCAACUCUCCUAUAAAAGUGCCUCAAGUGAGCUCGAGUACGGGCGGGCCAGAUUCAACAUUUACAGUCCCGGACGAUGUUGGGAUGGGAUUUGAAGGAGGCGUUAGAGUUCUGCAGAGCCUUGGAAAUUGUUACGACAUCGUCUACAGGUCGCCAGAAGUGACUAAUACAAUACCGAGGCCAAACUUGAUACCGUUUACGGAACCUUAUUCAGAAGGAGGAUCUAUGCAUCCCGGAACCAGACUUAAAUCUCUUCAAGGUUCUACAACUGUUGUCAGAAAACACCCUGCAGUUAAACCUACAAGCUCUACAAGCGAAGGUAACAAAGCGUUUGAAUGUACUGUUUGCGGCAAAGGCUUAGCUCGUAAAGAUAAACUAACUAUUCAUAUGAGAAUACAUACAGGAGAAAAGCCCUACGUUUGUGAAGUGUGUAACAAAGCAUUUGCCAGACGAGACAAGUUGGUCCUCCACAUGAACAAACUGAAGCAUAUAACGCCGUCGAACAUCGCACCGCUAGGUAAAAGGAGUAUUACAAUGCCGCCUUUAAAGUUAGAUGAUGUCAAACCACAAUUAACAAAACAAGAAGAUACUAAACCAAGUCAAGCUGAGAUUGCGGCCGCGGCGGUAGCUGCACAACAGCAACAACAACAACAGCAGCAACAACAACAGCAACAACAGCAGCAACAACAACAUUCCCAUCAGCAGUCAAUACAGGUGUGCCAGGUACCUGGACACAACUUUACGAACUCAAACCUGGUGCACACAAGUGCCGCUAAUGCGGCGGUGGCAGCAGCAACUGCUGGCAUGGUGGUGUCCUGGUCUUGUGAGCUGUGUGGCCGACUGUUCGCGACCAGGGAGGAGUGGACAGCGCACGCCAAGUCACACCUUCCUGACAACAAGCUGCUCCAGGACAAGAUGCAGGCCACGCAGCAUCAGCAACAAGAAAAAGUUCACCUCACAAAUCAAGAAAAGCUACAACUACUUCAUCACCACAAUCAGAACCAACAGAUACUGAACGGUCAUGGCAUUGCGGCGGCUUCGGUCUCGUCUGCCACGGUUGUCAACGAAGCUAACAGCGGCAACAGCGCUUACUUCACCCACGGGCACACUCACUACGCGCCAGAGCGGCAACACACGCACGCACAACAUCUGUGUCUCAUGUGCCGACAGGAGUUCGCAGGCAAGGCAGAGUUCAUGUUCCACGUUAGAGGACAUUUCGAGGGCAAAGUGAGUGAUAUCGCGGCGGCCGACGUGUUGGCUCGGUCACUGGUGGACAACUCUGGGCUGUGCACCUGAGGCGGGCCCACGCCCAACGUUACAUUCCCGACAGAUGUUUACAAGGGCGUGGGACACGACGACACGAUCAUGUUGAAGUUCUAAACUUAUAAAACUAGCUAACUUUUAAUUAAUAGUGAUGAGGCAAAAAAAUUAUAUGCGCCCUUGUUUUCAAAGCGAUAAUUUUAGAUUAAAUCAGACAUGACUAAUGUUUGCCAUAAUUAUUAAUUGAUAUUAAGCCUGUCAGGUUAUAAUAAAAACGUUAGACCCGUGAACGUAUACUAAACAUGGAAGCAUUUCUGACGCUUUGAAAUAGCGCAACUAGAACUAUCCCGUAGUGGGCAGGGAUUACAAACUGUAAGCGGAUCAGUUCGGUUAGAUGAAUGAGUACGAUCGCAUCCUGGUCGGACGGGGGAUUAAAAAUAGAUGUAACAAGGAUUCAAGCCAUUUUAAUAAUCAAUAAGAUAGAAUGACAAGACUGCUUCCAAGUUUUAUUUGCGGUCACUGCCAUAGACACGUUAUUUGUUGAAAUUGAAAGAUACCUUAAAACCUAAGAUUAAGGAUUGGUCUCCGCAGUGCUCCAAUACCGCAGGCGUAGUCGCAAAGUGCGGCAACUAAUAGUACCCAAGCGGUCGUCCUCGAGACAGUCUCGAACAAUGUGUGACGUUGACGUGCCACAUGUUCUGUUAAUCUUUGCUAAUAAACGAAACUAAAAUGCCGGGUUGCGUAGUGAAACUUUGUAAAAAUAAUUCUAUAAGAACGACAAUGGAAUCACAUAGCAUCAAUAAGUAUUGUGUAUUUUAUUAAUUUCAAUCUAAAAUAACACGAAGCGUCUGUUACAAAAUUUGAAUGUUAUCAUUGAGUGUCAAGAUGCCACGCACACAAGCAUCUUAUAGUUGCCGUAUUAAAAAAGCUAUUGUUCUUAGGUAGUGCGGUAUCUAGUUGGAGCGCAGCGGAGAUCAAUCCCUAAUCUAAGACUUAAACUGACUUUAUUGUGUGUACAUCUUCGUAUAUCACCGAAACAAUUAUGGCAGAACACGAAACUUACUGUUAAUUUGUCUUAUCCUACUAUGGUUAUUAUAUUUCAUCCAAAAAUGAUUAUUAAGUAUUUAGGUUUUCAAUUUAACCUUGCAACAACAUAUUGUUCGCCUAUUAGUGACAGCUGGCGCCAUUUUGGUUUGGUUUGUUUUCAAAUAAAAUGACUCAUUUGAAUAGAGAAGGUAACAUUUCGUCUUUGGUAGUCGUUAUAAACAAUAUUAUCCACAGUUUGUAUUUAACUUAUUACUUACUAAC